GGAAAAUGUACAAGUGCAUGCCCAACAGCCAAUGUAUCAUUAAUUGGACCUCCUGGGCCACCAGGGGCAACUGGUAAAGUUGGAAAGCAGGGCAAAUCAGGGGCUGCAGGAAUUAAUGGAAAACGUGGUCCCCGAGGACCAAUUGGUGUUCCAGGGCAAAAAGGAGCUGAGGGAGACCAAGGUGAAAAAGGCGGGAAAGGAUCAAGAGGAGACCCAGGCACUGGGCUGCCAGGCCCAGAUGGUGUCCAAGGACCAAGAGGCUUUCCAGGAUACCCAGGAGUUGCCAAGGCUGGCAUACCUGGAUCCCAAGGUCCUCCUGGUUACACUGGUCCUCAAGGACAG